AUGGCAGCGAUGCAUUAUAACGCUCAAGUAGUUUCCGAGGAUUUGCAUCAAACUCAUCAGAGACAAAUUUAUGGGAUACAACAAAGAUUACAAGAUCCUGGAUCAUCAUCCCCUAGAUCGGAAGAAGCUAGAUCACCUAUCGAACCUAGAGUAAGAUCACCCGAAGAGAUUCGUUUCGUUGGUACGAGAUCACCCGAUAAUUUAGAGGAUAGAACGCAAACUGUUAGAUACCAAGAGGAACUUUGUCCUAAACGUUACACGAAAGAUCAUGCCAGUCAGAAUUUCUUUCAUGAACAAGAUAAUAAUAUUACCUCGAGGAAGUGUUUCCCAGACGAGAUGAUCAAUGUUACUACGGUUAAUAAUCGUUGUCGUGAAUCCGGUACGUCACCCGGUAGAACGUUGUCGCCACAAGGAUAUACUUUAAAUUCGACAAGUCAACACAAUAAUUCGAGUAAAACGUCGUUCUGUAUCGAUGCGUUACUUGGACGAGCUACUACGGGAAAACACAGUAACGAUAUUGACGAACAAGAUCGACAGAAAAUAUUUCCUACGAGAAAUCACAAAAAUGUCGUACAAGAAUCCACGUUGAAUCUCGCGAACAAUUCGGUAGUACAAUCUAUUCAAGGUAGAGGAGAAUCACCACCGUGCUCGAUAAGACGUAACGACGAUCAAAGAACUGGCAUAUCCCUUGGUAAUCCUUUACAUCCGUUCGUACAACAACAUCCAAGAUCUAUUUCACCGACGGGUGUUGAAUCCGGCCACGAAAGUCAAUCUACUAAUCGUGACAAUUUUCUUGCUAGUAUACACAACAAUGACUCGAAUAUGCAAAUAGGCCGUAACGUUAACACAGUUUAUCGUAACGAUCGUUUGGAAACCGUCGAAGAUGACGGCUCGAUUGAGGUUGAUCCUAGCAGGACUACGGGUAGCACCAGUCCUGGUAGCAAUGCUAGUCGUAGUCCAGCAUCAAGCCCACCUAUUUCACCUGGUUCCGAGGAAGUUACGAGUAACGGUAUUCUCGGACAUCAAAGUCUAGCACCUGGACCAUACGCCGUCGGUGCCGGUGGUGUUGUUAGACAGAAUCAAGGACUCUUGAUACAUCCUGGAGGACCUCUCAUUCAUCCCGGGGGAUUGUAUUAUCAUCCCGCAAGUGGUAGCGCAUUUCACUCGAUACACAAGGAGGGUCAACCUGUGGUGGGUCAUCCUCAAUCGACCGGUCCUCAUCCUCAACAUCACAUUCAUCAACUUCAACUCGAGUGGUUAGCUAGAACUGGAAUGUUGUAUCCCAGAUUACCCGCUGACUUAGCCGGUUGUGCGGCUCAACACGCGUUACUUGGUAAAACGAGAAGACCUAGGACAGCAUUCACCUCGCAACAACUUCUCGAAUUGGAAAAACAAUUUCGUCAGAACAAGUAUUUGAGCAGACCGAAAAGGUUCGAGGUAGCUACUUCGUUGAUGCUGACUGAAACACAGGUGAAGAUCUGGUUCCAAAAUCGACGAAUGAAAUGGAAAAGAAGUAAGAAAGCACAACAAGAGGCACGUGCAAGUGGAAAACUCGAGGAUACCGGUAAUACGAAAAAUUCCGAAAGAGAUAAUGCCGGAAGUGACGUAUCGGUGACAGCACCGUGCACACCUGAAGAACCUAGAGGAACUUUGCAAGAAACUCAGAGAACUUCGACGGAACUUCAGGAACCACUUUAUCGUCCUUACGUCGUUUAA